UCCCUUCUCACUAGCGAGCCCUCUAAAACCACUCAAUACGGCACCGUUCCAGUCCUCGAAUGCGAGGAGGUCCUGAGCGGCGCGAGCGAACGAGCGAACGAGAGGUGAGAGAGCUCUGCGUUUAGGGUUUGUGAAAGUCCCACAGAGAUUUCCCAAAAGGGGGCAGAGAGAGUGAGAGAUUUAGAGAGGCGAGAGAGAGAUUGUCUUUUUGUGUGUGGUCUAGGGGUUCUCGCUUCUCUUUUGUUACACCGAAGCCUUCUCCGACUCUCUUAUGGACCGAAAGCUUGUGGUUCUGGGUAUUCCAUGGGACGUGGAUACGGAGGGGUUGAGAGACUAUAUGAGCAAAUUUGGGGAAUUGGAGGAUUGCAUUGUCAUGAAGGAGCGGUCAACAGGCCGGUCUCGCGGUUUUGGAUAUGUAACAUUUGUAUCAGUUGAAGAUGCUAAGAAUGCAUUGUCAAGCGAGCACUUCCUUGGCAGCAGAAUGCUGGAAGUUAAAGUGGCUACUCCGAAGGAGGAAAUGAGAGCACCUGCAAAAAAAGUUACUAGGAUCUUUGUUGCCAGGAUCCCUCAACCUGUGACUGAAGAAUCCUUCCGAAGUCAUUUUGAGCAAUAUGGCGAUAUAACAGAUUUGUACAUGCCUAAGGAUCAAGGCUCAAAAAUGCAUCGUGGAAUUGGGUUUAUCACCUUUGCAAGUGCAGAUUCCGUGGACACUUUGAUGGCAGAAACUCAUGAAUUGGGAGGUUCCACCGUAGUUGUUGAUCGAGCAACACCAAAGGCAAAUGACUUUAGGCCAAUAGGCAGAAUGCCACAGGUUGGAUAUGGUGCAUACAGUGCUUAUAUUUCUGCAGCAACUAGAUAUGCAGCAAUUGGUGCUCCUACUUUAUAUGAUCAUCCAGGCCCAGUUUAUGGCAGGGGUGAGUCCUCUCGAGGGAUGGGCAAAAAGAUUUUCAUUGGCAGGCUUCCUCAGGAGGCAAGCGCUGAAGAUCUUCGCCAGUAUUUUGGUAGAUUUGGCCGCAUAUUAGAUGUCUACGUUCCAAGGGACCCUAAGAGAACUGGCCACCGAGGUUUUGGUUUUGUAACUUUUGCUGAUGACGGUGUAGCAGAUCGUGUAUCUCGAAGGUCUCAUGAAAUUUGUGGACAUCAGGUUGCAAUAGACUCAGCCACACCUCUUGAAGAUGUUGGUCCCAGUGGAAAUUUUAUGAUGAAUAGUGCAGAACCACCCUUUGGAGGCUACGGUGGUCCCAUGCGGACAUAUGGCAGGAUGUAUGGAAGCCUGGACUUUGAUGAUUGGGGUUAUGGAAUUAGCAGUGGGCGACCAUCAAGAGGAGAUUGGAGGUAUAGGCCAUACUAAUGAGUUUUGGCCUCAGAGAGAUUGGCAUUGCUUCUCAAUCUUUUAGGGAUGUCAACAAAAUGCUUUGCAGUCUUUGUUAAUUGAAUCACUUAAAUUUAUUAGUAGAAUGUAUUGUCGAAAUUGACCUAUUACGAUGGAAGUAUGGAUUUGUGUGUACUUCUUGAUUUUA